AUGGGUUUAUUAUACAAGAGUAAACCAGUCAGUCCUCCGCCUAUCCCCCAAAUACUGUGGAGCAUCUUCAAUAAGAGUAAUGCAUUUCAAAAUCAGGAUGACAUGCUUGCCCUGUGCUUUGUGGAGGAAUUCAAUGUUCCUGGCAGUACCAUUAGAGUAUUUAAAGAUCAUGGUGUGUAAUUUAUUAUUCCUCGUAACACCUCCACUUUAGGACCUCCUUUCUGUCAGAAAAAAAGACUUAAUUUUAAUCUGUCUGUGAUUGGAAAAGAGGAACAGGUGACGAUGAGUCGGUUGGAAAUAAAAUUCAAUCAGAAUAAACGACAUCGCAGGGUAUUUGACCUACGCUUAUACCAGAUCCUUAAUGCAUCCUUCCAUGCUGUAGACCAGGAAGAGACUAGGAGGAAGCUUUUAGUGGUGCAAACUGUCCGCCUCCCCCAACAACCACUGCAUAUAAAUUUGACCGAGGUUUGUAAAAAUUGGAGAACCACUAAUAAGAAUCUUGGCCUUGACUUGGAGAUUGUUCCAAGAAAAGAAUCUUCCUUGAUGUCCAUUUCUAUGGAGCAAUGCAAGGGUUUUCGAACAUAUGCAUCUACCACCCUGCUCACAGUGACUCUCAACACUUGGCAGUGUCUAAACUCACAAAGAAAAAUGAGAUUUAACAAGAUGCCUUCAACAUUCGUUAAAAACUGCAAAAAGCUGAGCAUCUAUGUUGACUUUAAAGAUCUAGGAUUACAAAAUUGGCUAGUUGCUCCCAAAGGUUUCAGCUUUAAUUACUGCAAUGGAAAUUGCCUACCUCAAUUCACAAAAGUUCAACAUGAAGUAAACCGUUCCACUGGGCAGGCUAUGACCAUAUCUAGGAGAUCUGAGGAUGUCUCUGGACCUUGUUGCAUCCCAGUAAAGAUGUCUCCAGUCUCGAUGUUAUUCUAUGAUAAUGAGGAUAAUGUUGUCCUGAAACAAUAUGAAAAUAUGUCUGUGGAUGAAUGUGACUGCGUGAUUUAA